GGAGGACAAAGGGAAGGAAGAGGUGAAAAACAAAGUCAGACAGCAUAUACUCUCUCUCUCUCUCCCUUUCUCUCCCUCUGUCUCCUUCUGUCUGCCACUCUGUCUCUUUUCCCAUCAUGCUGGACUCGCUCAUAUUCCUCCUGGAGAAGCUUUUCCUCCUCGCCCACAUCAAGGUAUCCAGCCUGCUGUCUCCGCCUGAACGGGAGAAAGGAGACGCGCCGCUCACCAAGCGCUACGAUCGCGAUGACGGGCUCCCUCAGGCGCCCGGCGGCCCGCAGAAGCUCCAGCGGGGCGACCUGCUGGAGGUGCCGCGAACUCUCUUCACCCAUUUCGGCAUCUACCUGGGCGACAACCGGGUGGCGCACCUCAUCCCGGACAUCCUGCCGGUGCUGACCACCGACACCCGGCAAAUCCAGGAGAUGGUGACCAACACUCGGCUGCUGCUGGGCGUGCUGUCCAAGCAAGCCAGCAUCCGGGUGGACUCGGUGGAAGACUUCGCGUACGGCGCGGGGAUCCUGCUCAACGCCAUGGACCGGACCAUGCGCAGGAGCCCGCUGUCCAGCGAGGAGGUGGCCCGGCGGGCGGAGAGGCUGGUCGGGACCGUAUCGUACAGCCUGCUGUGGAACAACUGUGAGCACUUCGUCACCUACUGCCGCUACGGCACGGCGGUCAGCCUGCAGACCGACAAGUUUUGCGAGUGUCUAAAGUCCCUCAUCCAGGACCAGCGAAACGUUUUCCUGACGGCGUUCCUGGGAAUCCUGUCCAUGGUGUGUUUGGGGAUAUCCUCCAGCACCGCCCUGCCCACCCUCCUCAUCCCCUUCACCCUGUGGAUGGCCAGCUAGACCAGCCUGGAUCACACACACACACACACACACACACAAACUCACACACAUAUACACAAGCUCAGUAUCAAGCCUUGCCAUGACACGUUUGGACAGUGUUUGUCAGUGUGUGACAAAAGUUGCGCCACCGUGAUGAAAGAGGGACAAAAAAUGAUUAUAAUGUUUACGCUGCUUCCUGACAAAAUAGAGAAAAUGGAAAUUAUAAUAAAAAAUUUUCAGGUUUUUUUUUUUUUUUUUUAAUCACCGAAGUCCCACCCACACUGUUUGAUUGACAGAUGAUCUCUGGGAACUACAGUGUAGGAACAGCCACAACAAAUAGUCCUUAGCAACAAAGAUGGGGAAAAAAAAAGAUUUUAUAUUUUAUGAAUUAUUAUAUUAUAUUUGACACAUUUUGUAUAGUAUCAAGUUCAGUGGGUGUUUUGUCAGGAAGGCGAUGACAUUAUAAUCUGUUCCUGUUGUCAUUCUUCCAACAUAGUGGCGUGUCCUGUGUAACUGCUGGUAACCGCCCUCCAAACAUCGCAUGACCGGCCUCCAUUCUGCAAGUAAACAUUUCAGGAGACCGAGAAACCACAGAAUUAGAGUGAGUAGGACCGGCGUUCCCAUCCAGAUGUGCAGUCAUGUCAUUCAUGUGGCACAUUUCAGAUGGCUUCCCUUAACGUCUGAUAGUGCUUGGUGGUGAGAAAACGCAGGAUGGGUCUGACAGCAGGCGUGUCGCCACGGCAACAGCAUCAUCGGAUUGUUCUCAUUUAUUGACCAAACUUAAAACAAUGCACAUUUCAAUGUAUUAUUUUUUUUAAAUUGUAAUUUACCCAGGGAAGGUUUGCUGAGAUGAUACUGACAUAGUCCAGUGAAAACCGCACAUCUCCAAAAGGUCCUGUUAGCAACAAGUAUAAGAAAAAAACAGUCUUGUUGACAGCUUAAAUGCAACUUAAAUGCCACAUGUUUGACUUCAUCUAAUUGGUUUUUAAUGGGUUUCAUCGGCCCGAGGCUUGAAGAACUUUCUCAACCCACACACGAGCAUAUGAUCCUUCUUAUUCCAAUUAAAAACAUGAAAAAAUACACAUUCCCAGAACAACCACAAUCUGCUGCUCGGCUUCUACCGAACAGUCCACCGAUUAUUUUUGUUGCCGUCUUAACUGCACCAAAGGAGAUGACGAUGACGCGACCCAGGGAGGGAUCCUUUGCCGUUCCGUCCACUGUAAAUCUCUGUUUUUACGUCGCACCGCAGACUGUAUACUCCACUGUUUACAAUGAAACCGUUGUAGGGAUCACAGACAGCCGAGUGCCUUCACGUUUCUGCUCAGCAUAUCAUAACCUCAGCCCGAAUCGAACCCUCUGCACUCUUUGACUUUUUAUACAGGCUAAGCGCUUCUGUAAAUAUUUUGUAGAUAUUGUUCGCGACUUGAUUGUUUCCUAACAGUCAAAAACUUUUGUACAGAAUUUUUUUUUUUUUUUUGGACAUCAUAACACUUUAUACUGUUUUCUAUGUAAAUAAAAGGAGUUGACA